AUGCAUUCAUUGCAAAAGCAUGCUAAAAUAAUGUUUUAGAUUGAUUUGAACAAUUUUGUCGCUGAUAAAGCAAAGAGAAAUGAGUUGAAACGCAGACUAUAUGACAGCGGCAUCUCAAACGUUCCAAUGCCAUCAGUUAAACGGCCCAUUGAAGAUAAUAUGUCAGCUCGUCCAUUCUCAGCCAGAAUGAACUCUAACAAAAUACAAAGCUUAUCACCACUGAAGAAAAGGAUCUAAGAUUUAAAUACCAAUCUGAUUAAAAAUAUGAAUGAGAGCUAUCAAGAAGCUGCUCUUAUUGAGGCUAAGAAUCUUGGAGAAGGCACUGCCGAAUAUUAUAAGAAUUAGCAGAAUAUUCUAUCAGGAUCCUUUAAUGCCGGUGCCGUUACUGGACUUAGAGACAAUUUCAGUAUGGUUCCUAGAAUACAAGGAUCGUUAAGAGGAGCCAACUAAGCUUAAGAUUUGAUGAUGUUUAAUAAUAAAUAGCUACUGCUAAGCAAGACACAAAAGCACAAUCCAAGAGAUGUACCACCUAUUGAUGCAGAGACUAGAUUCAGAAUAAACCAAACUCUAAACCAAAGCUAAAUUGAGCAAAGCAAAUUUUUAUAAGGUCCACCAGCAAUGGUAUAUGCAGGAUUUGAAGGUGGUGUGAGUUUGAGUCAGAAGAAUCUGGAGCAAGCACGCACAAAGUUCCUCCUAGACAAACUCACUGGUAAACUACCCCCAGAGUUGAGAGGUGGCUUAGGUUAAGUCCUUCCCCCAAUCAGCAAAGACUCGCCCAGAACAAAAAGAGCCAAGUCGAAGGGAACUAUGUCAGUAUCUAGUAAGAGUAGAGCUGAUGAUAGAGAGUUUAGAUAAAAUUUAAAUAAUUCAAAUGUUGAGGACAAAAAGGGUCAAGGCCAAAAGAAGGAGGAAAAAGCAUAGAAAUGGAGUGACUUGGAUAAAUACAUUGAAUUACUGCUAGAUAGCAAGAGUGAAGAGGAGACUGUGUUUGUUUACUUGAACCCAAACCCAAAUGGAGAUCCAUACGAUCUAUUAGUAUGUUCAUAUCAACAAAGAAAUGAACAGAAAUAUUACACCUUAUCUGGAAAAGGUCUCACACUAUAUGAAAACGACACUCCAAUAGAAUUCUUAUCCCUUGGCUAGUGGCUCAUUGAAAGAGACUCAUAUAAUCACAUCAAGGAACUGCCCUUCUUCAAGAAAUUCAAGAGAUGGAAGUUCAUGAGAAUGUGGAAGAAAACCAUCAAACAUCAAAACAGAAUGAAAGCACAAAACUCCCUUGAAGAGAAACUAUUCAUGCUCUAAGAUCAUUUCAGUGUGCAUCUUAUGAAGCAUAGACAAUACAUGCUCGAGAUGGAGAAGCUAAGAUUUGUUGACUCAAUGAGAAACUCCGAUACUAAGACUAUCGAGGAGUUUGCAAAGGCUCAAGAAGAUAGAAGAAAACUGAUCUCAGAGGAGAUUUCAAAGUUCAGCGAUAAGUCAAGAGACAAUGUUAGAGAGUGUAUCUCUAAAGUCUUAAGCGAGCUAAGAGAGAGAAUUGUCAGUGAGAUCGCAUUGGAUGAGGAGAGAAAGAAGAAUAACCCCAUUUAAAGUUCCAAUACCAUCACUAUGAAGAGGAAAGCUAGCAACAAUGUCUUUGAAAAACUUGGAUUCCCAGAAGGCAUGACCUACGGCCAUAGAAGCAGCUUGAGAAAGGAAUGCUCUAGAUUCCUAAGAUUCGCUUAUAUUGUAGACUUCCUUUCAUUAGAAGCACUUGCAAACAUUUAUACUGGAUCAGUAAGAGAUCUAAUCAGAAGACUUGAAGAGUUAGAUGAAAACUGUGAUAUGGAAAGAAUAAUGACUAUGGAGUUUGAUGAGCAAUCCAGGCAAACAGCUCCACCUCAAAGAGGUCGCGAACCAUUAUUCUAUGUUGCUAUUCAACUUAACGAUAAACAACCUAUCCCCUAACAUGCUAUAGAGAUGGUUGAAUGUGCUGAAUUCAGACUACCCCCAUCAGGAGUUUCAAAAGAACAUGAGUUCGAUCUGCUAUGUCAUCUUGAGCUUGAACCAGAAAAGGAAGAAAAGAAAGCUGGUGAAGAGGAAGAAGAAGAGGCAGAUGAUUAGUAGAUGCUUGAAGUUCAAAAGUAUAAAAGCACUGUGCCUAAGAUCCAAGAGUACUGGUUAAGAACAGUCCCAGAUGCAGAUGAUUAUAUAGAUGUACUUGUUAGAUGCUUCGCCAGUGGACUUGAUUAAAUUCAAGUCUUUGAGAGAUGGAGCAAGCACAAUGACCUAACCCCUUAUGCUGAUGCUCUUGAAGAAUGGGAUGAUAUUGUUGGAGAAGUCUGGGAAGAGCCAGAUUCACUAGUGCUUAAUCCAUAUUCUUGGAUUCAAGAUAACAAACUAUACCAAGAUUAAAAAGAAAUGGUCAGAGAGAUAAUCGAUGGAGCAUUUGAAAAGGCACAAAGAUUCUUAACAAGAUUCCAACCAUUACUAGAAAUUUACUGGAGAAACAAGCAGUUUGACAUUAAUAUUCUCGUUCACGAAAGACUUAAGAACCCAGUAGAGUCUGUGUCACAUACCAUUAAGCUGUUGAACCAUUAUAACAACCUUUACACUAAUUAACUUCCUUCAACUACCGAACUCGGCCUAGUUCAAUUAGACUCUAAGGGUUGCAGGAGCAAACUUCUCCCCACAGCUAAGGAGCUUAUUGCCAAGAUAGAAGAAUUAAUUCCUAAGAUCAUCAGAGCUAGAACCGAUGAAAGUAAAAAAUGGCUUCAAAAAUCAAUAAGAGACCUUUAAAAGCCAGUAGCCACAGUUGAGGAUUUUGUCGAGCAGAACAACAAUAUGAACUACACCAAUGAGAACUUCCAGAACUACAGAGAUAGAGUCGAUCUCUUCGGUCAAUUCUAUAACAUCCUUGCUGAAUUCCAACUUAAAGUCAAGAAAGAGGACAAGGAUAACUACACUGAAUGUGUAUAGCAUAUAUCUUAACUGUCCACUAUUGUCGCAAAUGUUGAGUCUUAAUAAGAUGCUAAUAUGGAAACCUUUAAAAAGACACUUAAUGAACUGAUUCCAUAACUUAACAACUAAAUUAAUGAACUCCAUGAUGAAGCAAGAAACCCUAUCUUCCUUUCAGGAGAAGCAAACAUGUUCGACAUGCUCAGACAACUUGACGAAUUGGAGCAGAGAUUCAAAGAACUCGAGAAUAGGUCAAUGAAGUACAACCAGUGGCAAGAAGUCUUGCAAACUCAGCCAACUAUCUUUGACAACUUAGACUAGUUAAGAGAAGACCUGUCACUAAGAUGCAUCAUGUGGAGAUCUCUUAAGGAGUGGGAAGAGCUGACUGAGAAAUGGAUCAAGACUCAGUUCAACAACAUUCAAGCAAAGGAAAUCGCCUAAAAAGCCGACGGUUACGCAAAGAUCUGCCUUAGACUUGAGAAAAAUCUCGAGGAAAAUCCAAUCCAGAGUAAACUCAAGGAGCUAGUAGACACCUUCAAGGGUGCAAUGCCCAUUGUCGUAGCACUUAGAAAUGAGAAUCUGAAGGAGCACCACUGGAAGGAGAUCAAGGACUUGAUUCAAGCUGACUUUGAUAUCUCAGAUCCAGAGUUUACUCUACAGUCUCUGAUUGAUUUGAAUGCAGUUCAGUAUCAAGAAGAUAUCACAGCUAUUUCCACUUAAGCCUCUUAAGAAGCAUCUCUUAGAGCUCAGAUUCAACAGUUGGAAGAUACAUGGAAAAAGAUUGACUUUGUGACCAAGCAGUACAAGGACAAGGAUGCCUAUAUUCUAGAUGAAAUCGAUGAUAUAUUCGCUGCUUUGGAUGAAGGUAUGGCUAUGGUCAAUACCAUUAUGGGUUCAAGAUAUGUAAAGCCAUUGAGAAACGAGGCAGAAACCUGGAAGAAGAACCUCUUCACUCUGAAUCAGGUAGUCGAAGAAUGGGUGAUCUGCUAGAAGCAAUGGAUCUAUUUGGAGAACAUCUUCGCAGCCCCAGAUAUCAAGAAGUAACUCCCAACUGAGAGUCAGCGUUUCGAGCAAGUAGACAAGUUCUUCAAGCAACUAAUGAACAAAACCCACAAGACUCCAAACGCUCUCAGAACAGUAAAGAACAGUCCAAACCUCUUAGACUAGCUGAAGACCAAUAACGAUGUGCUUGAUGACAUUCAAAAGAAGCUAGAGGACUAUCUUGAAAACAAGAGAUCUGCAUUCCCCAGAUUCUACUUCUUAUCCAAUGAUGAACUGCUUGAAAUUCUGGCUAACUCACAAAACUUGGACGUGAUCCAGCAACAUCUUAAGACUUGUUUUGAUAACAUUGUCAAACUUGAUAUCUCAGAGGGUAUUGAUAUCCAAGCAAUGUGCUCACUUGAAGGAGAGAGAAUUCCCUUCUCAAAGCCGCAAAAGGUAAGAGGCUUGGUUGAGCAAUGGCUAGACCUAGUGCAGACAGCCAUGAGAGACACUCUGUGGAGACUGAUGAAGCAAGGUCUGACAGACUACGCCAACUCUGAGAGAAAACUAUGGGUCUUAACUCACUACGGUCAAGUAGUCGCCACUAUCGCUUAGAUCUCUUGGUGCUCUACCAGUGAAUACUACAUCAAUGAAAUGAGCAACAACCCCUUCUCCUUGCAAGAAUGGUACGAUCUAAAUGAAACUCAACUUGCCCAGCUCACUGAGUUAGUUAGAGGCAAACUCACCUCACUGCAGAGAAAGAUCAUUGUCGCUCUAGUCACCACUGAUGUGCAUGCCAGAGAUAUUGUAGAGGGAUUACUUAAGGAAAAUGUGAGUUCAGUCUAUGACUUUGCUUGGCAACAACAACUAAGAUACUAUUGGGAAGAAGAAGCUGAUGACUGUAGAGUCAAGUAGAUCAAUGCCUCUCUCAAGUAUGGUUAUGAAUAUAUGGGAGCCACAUCAAGACUGGUUAUUACUCCACUUACUGAUAGAUGUUGGAUUACUAUUACUGGAGCAUUGCACAUUAAACUCGGAGCAAACCCUGCAGGUCCAGCAGGUACUGGAAAGACUGAGUCUACUAAGGAUCUGGCUAAGGCACUCGGAAUGCUGUGUAUUGUGUUUAAUUGCUCAGAUUAAGUCGAUUACAAGAUGAUGGGUAGAUUGUUCAGUGGACUCGCACAACAAGGUGCUUGGACUUGCUUGGAUGAGUUCAAUCGUAUUGACAUUGAAGUACUCUCAGUUAUUGCUCAGCAAAUUCUUACAAUUAGAGAAGCCCUUCUUAGAAAUCAACCUAAUUUCUUAUUCGAAGGCAAGGAAAUUCCACUUCAACCCUCACUCGGAGUCCACAUUACAAUGAAUCCAGGUUAUGCAGGUAGAACUGAACUUCCAGAUAACUUGAAAGUGCUUUUCAGACCAGUCGCUAUGAUGAUACCAGAUUAUGGUCUCAUUGCUGAGAUCAUGUUGUUUGCUGAAGGAUUCGGAAAUGCCAAAAUUUUAUCCAAAAAGAUGGUCCAGCUUUACAAACUUUCAUCAGAGCAGCUAUCACAAUAAGAUCACUACGAUUUUGGUAUGAGAGCUGUCAAGUCAGUGCUAGUCAUGGCUGGUUCCCUCAAGAGAGCAAACCCCAAUCUCAACGAAGACGCCGUGCUAAUCAGAGCUAUGAGAGAUUCCAAUGUUCCUAAGUUCCUCAAGGACGAUCUUCCAUUGUUCUCUGCAAUUGUUUAAGAUCUCUUCCCAUCUAUUGAAAUCACAGAAUCAGACUAUGGUGAAUUACAAACUCAAAUUGAAGAGUCAAUUGAAACUUUUGGCUUCCAGCUCAACCCUGUUUUCAUCCUCAAGUGUAUCCAAUUAUUCGAAACAUUCAAUGUGAGAUUCGGAGUCAUGCUUGUCGGUCCAACUGGUGGUGGCAAAACUGCUUGCUAUAAUAUUCUUUAACACACUAUGACUACUCUGAACUAAAAAGGUUCUAAGGAUGACAGAUUCCAGUUCGUUAAGAAAACUAUCCUUAACCCUAAAUCUAUUUCUAUGGGAGAGUUAUAUGGAGAAGUAAACCCAAUUUCAUAAGAGUGGCAUGAUGGGCUCGCUUCUAAAGUCAUGAGAGCCGCUGCCUAAGAGCUAGGAGAAGAAAAGACCUGGGUAGUGUUUGAUGGGCCAGUCGACGCACUUUGGAUCGAAAACAUGAACACUGUGCUAGAUGAUAACAUGACACUCUGUCUUGCUAAUGGCCAAAGAAUUAAACUUAGAGCUGCUAUGAGAAUCUUAUUUGAAGUUUAAGAUCUUGCAGUCGCUUCCCCUGCUACAGUAUCAAGAUGUGGUAUGGUUUAUUUGACUUACGAAGAACUUGGAUGGAGACCAUAUGUUAAGACUUGGAUUCAAAAGUUCUUUAGUGAGGAUAUCUUAACUAAUGAACUAAAGGAAUAUCUUUACUCAGUCUUUGAUUCAACAAUCGACAUAGGUCAAGAUAAGAUUAGAGAUCUACUUUCAGAACCAAUCCCAACAGCAAAUAUUCAACAAGUCAUUUCCCUUUGUAACUUCCUAGAAGUCUUUGUAAGCCCCAGCUAAGGAUUUAAAGGCACAGACGAUGAAAAGCGCAAACUUCUGAUUAACAUCUAUGCUUGGUCAUUCACUUGGGGUCUUGGUGCCUCACUUGAUGAGAGAAGUAAGGAGAGAUUCGAUGAUAUUGUCAGAGAUAUCUUCAAGGGAGUCUAAAUUCCACCCAGCAACUCAGUUUUCGACUACUUCUUCGAUCUUAAAAAAGACAAGUCAUUCAAACCUUGGAGCUCCAAAGUCCCAGCAUUCGUAUUUGACAAGGAAGUACCUUAUUUCGAAUUACUCGUACCAACUGCUGACACCUAUAAGUAUAGUUACUGCUUAGAUCUUCUUUUAUCAAAGGAGAAGCCAUCAUUCUUCACAGGAUACACAGGAGUCGGAAAAUCUGUAGUUAUCUCAAAUAGUUUGGCUAAAUUCCAAGAAGAAAAGGAUAUAAUGCCAAUCUUUAUCAAUUUCUCAGCCCAGACCUCAUCCACUAGAACUCAAUAGUCAAUCGAAGAUAAGCUUGAAAAGAAGAAAAGAACACUCUUUGGAGCUCCUCCAGGCAAAAAGAUUGCUAUAUUUGUAGAUGAUAUUAACAUGCCAGCCACUGAGUAAUACGGUGCUCAACCUCCUAUUGAAUUACUUAGACUUUUCAUUGAUAAGAGAGGACUCUAUGACAGAGAUGAAUGGGUUUGGAAAGAUGUCGAAGACACAACCUUGAUUGCAGCAUCAGCCCCUCCAGGUGGUGGUAGAUCACCUCUAACAAUGAGAUUCACCAGGCAUUUUAACAUGUUCUGUCUUCCAAAUGCUGACAGGACAACACUCUCCAAGAUUUUUGGUUCUAUACUUUAAGGCUUCCUCAAAAUAGGUUUCUAAGACUAGAUUUAAAAAAUGGACGAGGCCAUAGUCUCCUCAACAAUCGAAAUAUAUAUGAAAAUAUCAGAGGAACUAAGAGCUACACCUGCGAAGUUCCAUUAUUUGUUCAACUUAAGAGACGUCUCCAAGGUCUUCCAAGGCAUCUUGAUGGUCAAGCCAGUCUCAGUUUAACAGCCUGAAACCUUAGCCAGACUUUGGAUUAAUGAGUGCCUGAGAGUCUUCUACGAUAGAUUGAUUAAUAACGAAGAUAAAGCUUGGUUUACUGCUUUGAUUAUGGAACUUAUGGUAAGAAAUUUCAGAAUGUAAAUGGACCAUGAUGAGGUAUUCCAUAGAGAGAAGAUUAUGUUUGGUAACUUACUAAAGCUUGACGCUCCAGUCAGACUGUACGAGGAGAUUAAGGACAAAGCCAAACUGACAAAGGUCUUAAAUGGCAUGCUCGAUGACUACAACUUGGGCAACUCAAACAAAAUGAACUUAGUGUUCUUUGAUGAUGCUAUUGAGCAUAUCUUGAGAAUCGUCAGAGUCCUCAGACAGCCUAGAGGUAACAUCAUGCUUAUUGGAGUUGGAGGUUCAGGUAAAUAAUCACUAACAAGAUUGAGUUCUCACAUGUUGGAUAUUCAAUGCAAGCAAAUUGAAAUCACUAAGAACUUCGGACCGCCCUAAUUCAAGGACUUUAUGAAGGAGCUGAUGUUCACUACUGGUAUCGAUGGCAAGCAGUUCUGCUUCAUCAUGACUGAUACUUAAAUCAUCAAUGAAAGUUUCCUUGAAGAUAUCAACAACUUACUCAACACUGGUGAAAUUCCCAAUUUAAUGUUGCCAGAAGAUAGAGAUAAGAUUAUUAAUGGAGUUAGACCAGUAGUUAUUGAAAUGAAGAAGAUAGAUUCAAUUGAAGUCAUCAACCAAACCUUCAUCAACAGAGUUAGAGACAACCUACAUAUUACACUCUGUAUGUCACCAGUCGGAGAUACUCUGAGAGUCAGAUGCAGAAUGUUCCCAUCACUCGUUAACUGCUGUACUCUUGAUUGGUUCAGUAGAUGGCCAGAGGAGGCAUUGCUUUAUGUCAGCUCUGAAUUCCUUAAGGAACUAGACCUUCCAUCUGAGGAAGUCAGACAAGCACUCUCUGAAAUGUGUAUGGUUAUCCACACUUCAGUGGAAGAGGAAGCAGACAACUUCUUUGCUUAGUUGAGACGUAAAGUCUACACCACUCCAAAGAGUUACCUAGAUCUAAUCUCCCUGUAUCUCAACACCUUGGAUGUCAAGAGACAGGAGUACAACUUGAACAAAAACCGUUUAGCAACAGGUCUCAAGAAACUAAAUGACACCAACAAGUCAAUCGCAGAACUUAAGGUUAAACUCACUGAACUACAACCUCUAUUGCAAAAGAAGAAUGAAGAUUUGAAGAUUGCUCUUGACAAAGUCAAUGCUGAUAAAAAGAUAGCCAAUGAAAAGGAAAGAGUAGUCAGUUAAGAAGCUGAAAUUGUUAACAAGAAAGCUACUGAGGCUAAAGCCAUAUCAGAUGAUGCUGAGGCUGAUCUUAAUGCUGCAAAGCCAGAACUUGAAGCAGCUGAGGCAGCACUAAAGACAUUGGAUAAAUCAGCUAUUGUUGAAAUCAAGACUUUCCCCAAUCCACCAGCAGCAGUCGUUAUGGUUAUGGAAGCAGUCAUGAUACUAAUUGGAGAAAAGACUGACUGGAACAAUGUCAGAAUCGUGUUGGGAGAUACUCAAGGUUUCAUCAACAAGCUUCUGUUCUAUGAUGUUUCUAAAACCCCUGAAAGUGUAUUGCAAAAAGUCAGAACAAAGUACUUGAAGUUGAAAGAAUUUGAACCCGAAUUCGUUGGAGGCAAAUCUCAAGCUGCCAAAUGUCUUUGUAUGUGGGUUGUCUCAGUUUCUAAAUUCUAGAGUGUUAUUAAAAAGGUAGAGCCUAAGAAGAAGAAGUUCGAAGAGGUGCAAUCUAUUCUGUCACAGGCACAAGCUGAACUAAAUGUAAAGAUGACUGAGGUAAACAAGGUAAAGGAAGCAGUCGCUAGACUCGAAGCUGAGUGCCAAAGAAUGCAAGAUGAAAAAGAGAGACUCGAAAAUGAUAUGGACAAGUGCGAGAAGAGAAUGGGCAGAGCUGAGAAGCUUGUCGUGCUAUUGGCUGACGAGGGAGUUAGAUGGAAGGAAACUGUUGCCAAUAUAUCUCUAGAAAUAGAACAACUGGUAGGAAAUGUAUUCUUAUCCUGCGCUUGUAUUUCUUAUUAUGGAGCUUUCACUGGUCUCUACAGACAAAACUUAGUCACUAAGUGGGUCUCUAGUUGUUUAGACAAAGGCAUCCCAACAAGUUAAGAUUUCUCCCUAGUCAAGAUUAUGGGAGACCCUGUCGUAAUCAGAGGCUGGAACAUUUCAGGUCUUCCCACAGAUUAAGUCUCAAUCGAAAAUGGUAUUCUAGCUACUAAAGCCUAGAGAUGGCCUUUAUGUAUUGAUCCUCAGCAAUAAGCUAAUAAAUGGAUCAAGAAUAUGGAGAAGGGUAAUCUAUUGCAGCUUAAGUUCGGAACUAAUAACUUCCUCAGAGAGGUUAGUGGAGCAGUACGUAAUGGAAGACCUACGAUUGUAGAAGAUUUAGAGGAAUAUAUUGAUCCUUCCAUUGAUCCAAUUUUGCUUAAACAGGCUUUCAAGACUGAAGGAGGCAUAAAGCAAAUGAGAUUAGGAGACUCCAAUGUGGAUUAUGAUGAUAAUUUCAAAUUCUUCAUGACAACUAAAAUGCCCAACCCUCACUACUUGCCUGAGGUUUGCAUCAAGGUCACAAUCAUUAACUUUACUGUUACAUUCAGUGGUCUUGAAGAACAGUUACUUGGAGAUGUGGUUGUUUAAGAAAAACCAGAGAUUGAAAAGAAGCGUGAUGAAAUCGUCGUUACUAUGGACUCAGAUCAAAGAACACUGAAAUAAAUCGAAAUCACUAUUUUGAAGCUUCUUUCAGAGUCAACUGAAGAAUAGAUAUUGGACGAGGAUAACUUGAUCAAUGUGCUAGAAAAUUCCAAGAAAACUUCCAAGGAGAUCAAUGAGAGAAUGGCUCAAUCAUUAAUUGUAGAAGAGGAGAUCAACAAAACCAGAAAUCAGUACAGAUCAGUUGCCAUCAGAGGAAGUAUCCUUUAUUUCGUUAUUGCUGAUCUAGCUGGUAUUGAUCCCAUGUAUCAGUACUCACUUGCCUAUAUCAAGAGAUUGUUCAAUCAAGCCAUAGAAAAAAGCAAAAAAUGUAGAGAUCUUCAAGAAAGACUAGACAUCUUAAUUGAUAACAUCACAAGAAUGAUAUACACCAACGUGUCAAGAGGUCUUUUCGAGGCCCAUAAAAUUAUCUACUCCUUCCUCAUAAUCAUAAAUAUCAAUCGAAACAUUGGAAAAAUCAAGGAUACUUAAUGGAACAUUUUACUUAGAGGAUCAGGAGCACUGACAGUAGAGCAGCAAAGAAACAAACUAAAAAACCCAGAUCCAAAGGUCAUAUCAAUUAUCGGUUGGGAGAUGCUAUACUUCAUUGAUGUAAAUGAAACUGCCUCAUUCGGCGGUCUUUGCAAGUCUAUCAUCCAAAAUUGGAAGGAGUGGUAUGAUUGGGUUUCAAAGGGAGAUCCACAUCUGCAACCAUUGCCUCUUGAAUGGGCAGAGAAACUAGGCAACUUUGAAAAACUUAUCAUCCUAAAAGCAUUCAGGCCUGAGAAACUGCUAUUCGCAUUCUAAAACUAUGUCAUUGAUGAAAUAGGCAAGUUCUUCGUGGAAAGUCCAUCUGUGACUAUGGAAGUCGUCUAUGCUGACACUGAUGUCAAGACUCCACUUAUUUUCGUGCUCAGUUAAGGUGCUGAUCCAACUUCCUCACUUAUUAAGUUUGCCAAAGAUAAAGGAUUCGGAGAAAAAUUGAACGUUAUAUCACUUGGUCAAGGUUAAGGACCAAAAGCAGAAGCCCUGAUUAAAGCCUCUAAAAAGAAUGGAGAAUGGGUUAUGCUCUAAAACUGUCAUUUGGCAAAAUCUUGGAUGCCCUCAUUAGAAAACAUAGUAAUAAAUUUUGCUUAUGAAGAAGGAGAAAUCCACAAUGAAUUCAGACUUUAUCUAACAUCUAUGCCAGCAGACUAUUUCCCAGUCAGUGUAUUGCAAAACGGAGUGAAACUCACAACCGAGCCACCCAGAGGACUAAAAGCCAAUCUCAAGAGGACAUAUCAAGACUUUUCAGAGGCCACUUUCAAUGACUCAAAGAAGCCUGAGACUUGGAAGAAACUGCUAUUUGGUCUAUCAUUCUUCCACGCAUUGAUUUAAGAACGUAGAAAAUUCGGACCACUCGGUUGGAACAUUAGAUAUGAGUUCAAUGACUCUGAUCUUGAAACCUCAAUUACCAUGCUUAAGAUAUUCCUUGAUGAAUAGGAAGAUAUUCCUUGGGAUGCUCUGCUCUAUGUCACUGGCCAUAUUAACUAUGGAGGUCGUGUUACAGAUGAUUGGGAUCGUAGAUGUCUCAUCAGUAUACUUAAAAAGUACUACAACUCAGACAUAUUAGAAGAUGGAUAUAAGUUCAGUGAGUCAGGUACUUAUUAUGCUCCAACAUUCGGCCCACUUGACUCGUAUAGAGAAUACAUCGACACUCUAUCAUUGAUUGAUAACCCAGAGGUCUUCGGUUUGCAUGAAAAUGCUAACAUCACCUAUUAAAACCAAGAGUCAGACAAGAUAGUAGCAACUAUCUUGAGUAUUCAGCCAAGAGUCAGUUCUGUAGCUGGUGGUCAAACUCCCGAUGAAAUUGUCAAAGAAAGAGCAAAGGAAAUCAAAAAGAUAUUGCCUGCCCUGCUUGAUAAGAAUUCGGGCAAAAAGGAAAUGUUUAAACCUGACAAGUAAGGCCUUAUUUCCUCUCUAGCUACUGUGCUAUUACAAGAAAUGCAAAGAUUCAAUAGGUUACUCAGUGUCAUGAGAAAUUCAAUUAUGAUGCUCAAGAAGGCCAUUAAAGGAUUCAUCGUUAUGAGUGAAGAGCUUGAUUCUAUGUACGUAAGCAUCUAAAACAAUCAAGUGCCAAAGAAUUGGGAAAAAGUAGCUUAUCCAUCACUAAAGCCUCUAGCUACAUGGUACAAGGAUCUACUAGAAAGAGUUGUAUUCAUGCAAGACUGGCUAAAUAACGGACCUCCAAACUCAUUCUGGCUUUCAGGGUUCUUCUUCCCACAAGGAUUUAUGACUGGUUGCUUGCAAACUCAUGCCAGAAAUUACAAGAUUGCUAUUGAUAAACUUCAAUUUUCUUUCUAAGUACUUCUAGAAGAGGACCCAUCUGAAGUAGAAGAGCCACCUGAAGACGGUGUCUAUAUCUAUGGUCUAUAUAUGGAUGGUGCUCGUUACGACAGAGAGACUCAAAUGAUGGCUGAUCAAUACCCUAGUGAAAUGUAUUCAAAGAUGCCUUUGAUUUGGUUCAAACCACAAGAAGAUUACAAGGCAGACCCGGAAGAGUAUUCAUGUCCAGUCUAUAAAACUUCUGUUCGUGCAGGAGUCCUCUCAACUACCGGAUAGUCAACAAACUUUAUUAUUGCAGUAGAGAUACAGACAAAGGAACUACCUAGAAUUUGGACAUUAAGAGCAGCAGCAAUGCUAUGCCAGCUAAACGAAUGA